AUGUUUUGCCGACCUUUCCUUCAGUCCUGGAUGUCCAGGGAUAAUUCGUGUUCUGCACUGUCUCGCAGUGUGCGGCCGCGGUCGCCAUGGCAGAAGAUGUGUAGGCGGCCCGCCGCGGGGGCCACAGCAGCUGCCACGGGCCAAACCUGGAGAAUGCGGGAGUUGUCCGUGCGAGAUCAGGGCGGCAUGAGUCUCAGUGCUUUCGUUCUCUUAUUCUGCUUCACUUGUUUUACUCAAUGCCCUGUGGUUGCCUUCACGUCUGAAUCUCUUGACUUUCACUGGCCGGGUUCACGGAUCGUGGCCAUCGGCGAUCUUCACGGGGACCUGGGGAAUACAGUGUUAUUGUUAUACGGAGCUGGUGUGGUGGAUGAAAACGGGGACUGGAUUGGCGGCGACACCCUUCUGGUUCAAACUGGAGACAUCGUAGAUAGAGGCCCUGACGGAAAGCGUAUAUACGACUACUUUGCGCGUCUGUCUUCGCAGGCGAGGGAGCGUGGCGGCAAGGUUGUUCAGCUUCUUGGUAACCACGAUGUCAUGAAUAUUUGUGGAGAUUUCAGAUAUGCACACCCUUCAGAGACAAAGGAGUUUGGAGGACCAUCCGGGCGCCGUCGGCAGUUUAUGGAUGAUGGAAGUUAUGGCCGAUUGCUUCGAUCGUACCCAGCGGCCGUCAAGGUGGAUGGAGUCGUCUUUUCCCAUGCUGGUAUUCCGAAGGAGUUUGCCGAUAUGGGACUUUUGAAACUUACAAACCAGCUUCACGAAGAACUAGCUGACGAUUGCAAACUUCACAACACCCGUUUCUACAACGAGGUCACUGCGUUAUCGCCGUCCAGUGAUUUAUUUGUGGCUGGCUCUCAUGGACCUCUCUGGACCCGCGUUUUCUCCAUGGGGGAGACGUCGAGGAUUUGUGAGGAGCUUGACAAUACCCUAGCGGCACUGGGGGCUGGAAAAAUGGUUAUCGGUCACACAGUGCAGGAAUCUGGUAAUAUUGAAGCGUACUGCGAUGGGAGGCUCCUCCUCAUUGACACGGGAAUCAGUAGGUACGUAGCUAAUUCGCCCAGGAUGCUUGAAAUUCAUGAUGGAGCUUUCUAUGAGUGGAAGGCCGAUGUCGCGGAGCAGGGCAGCGGUGAGCCUCGAGUGCGGGCUAGCAAGCGUCGACUGAAUGUGCCAGCGCUGAGGGAACAGCCUGACGCGGACAGCCCGCCACAACGCGGCGACGAUGACACAGCGCGAGCACAAACUCCUCCGCCGGAGGGAGCUCGAAGCGAUGAACUCUAA